AUGUCAGCGAUCUUAAGGGCCAUUCCAAAAAUCUCGAGAUCUAGUGGAGUGAUCGCAUCAACAAGAUCUCAAAUCAAUAAUCAACUGAGAUAUCAAUUGCAUCUAAGAGCAACCUACGCAUCUUCUUCAUAUCCGCCUCAUAUGAUCAUUGGUAUGCCCGCUUUAUCCCCUACCAUGGCUCAGGGUAAUUUGGCAGUUUGGACUAAAAAGGAAGGGGAUUCAUUAUCUCCUGGUGAAGUUAUUGCCGAGGUGGAAACUGAUAAAGCUCAAAUGGAUUUCGAAUUCCAAGAUGAAGGGUUUUUAGCUAAGAUUUUGGUCCCAGAAGGUACUAAAGAUAUCCCGGUGAAUAAACCAAUUGCCGUUUAUGUCGAGGAGGAAAAUGAUGUUCCAGCAUUUAAAGAUUUUAAACUGGAUGAGGUGACUGGCAGUACCAGUAAUGGCAGUAAUGAUAACACUGCAAAGCAACAAAAGGAGGAUGGAAACGAAGCAUCCAAAAAACUUGAAGACAAAUCUGAAGAAAAACCAAAAUCAAAACCAAAAUCAAAGAAAACAACGGCUACAACUGACAAAGAUGCCACUGUUAAUACUUCAAGAAUUAUUGCUUCUCCAUUGGCUAAGACAAUUGCCUUGGAAAAUGGUAUCGCUUUGAAAAACAUGAAGGGAUCUGGCCCACAUGGUAGAAUCGUUAAGGCAGACGUAAUGGAAUUUUUGGAAAAGAAUAAAAAUGCACCAUCAUCAUCAACCAGCAGUGGUGGACCUACAUUAUCCGUAUCAAGUACUGCUACCUCUACCUCAUAUGAAGAUAUGGAAAUUUCAAACAUGAGGAAAAUUAUCGGUGAUCGUUUAUUACAAUCAACACAAAGUAUCCCAUCUUAUAUCAUUUCAUCCAAAAUAUCUGUUUCUAAAUUAUUAAAAUUGAGAAAAUCAUUGAAUUCCACUGCAAAUGAUAAGUAUAAAUUAUCAAUAAAUGAUAUCUUAAUUAAAGCCAUUACAGUGGCAGCCAAGAGAGUUCCCGAUGCUAAUGCAUAUUGGAUGCCCGAUGGUAAAAAUAUAAUCAGAAGGUUUAAGAAUGUAGAUGUUUCAGUUGCUGUGGCUACACCAACAGGUUUAUUGACACCAAUAGUGAAAAAUGCGGAUUCAAAAGGGUUAAGUACUAUUUCUAAAGAAGUUAAAGAGUUAGUCAAACGCGCCAAGAUAAAUAAAUUGAAUCCAGAUGAGUUCCAAGGUGGUACCAUUUGUAUCUCCAAUAUGGGUAUGAACGAUGCAAUUUCCAUGUUCACAUCUAUUAUUAAUCCACCACAAUCAACCAUUUUGGCUAUCGGUACUGUGGAACGGGUCCCUGUAGAAGAUGUAACCACUGAAAAUGGGUUUUCAUUCGAUGAUACGAUGAAUAUUACAGGUACAUUUGAUCAUAGAACUAUUGAUGGAGCUAAAGCAGCAGAAUUCAUGAAAGAAUUAAAGACUGUCAUUGAAAACCCAUUAGAAUUGUUGCUAUGA